UCUUCUGCUUAGAUUGCUCGCAGUUGCCCCGAUAUAUAAGAAAGCUCUCUCUCUCUCUUUCUCUCUCUCUCUCUCUCCAUCUGAUUCUUUGUUUCCUUUUCGCUCUCUUCGUUUCUGUUUUUUUGUUGUUUUUUUCCUUUGUGUUGCCUCCCUCCCUCUAUUCUUGCAUGCUUCGAACACACAGCACGAAGCACUCGCGCCCCCAUUGAUUACCAUGAAGAGCUCUGUCCUGCAUGAUGUGCCUCGCUGUUAGUGCCCUCGUCGUCUCAUGAAGUUUGUGCAUUGAAGGUAAUGGAUUCCGAGUCCCACCUGGUUUCGUGAAUGAUGGAUCAUGGGUCCUGGGAGAAGCCUGAGGAAAAAGAGAAAGAGAGAGAAUAUGAAGAAGAAGAAGAGUGAAGCGGAUGCUUCUGCUUCUGGGUCUUCUCAGAGAGAGGAGUCUGGAGAUUGGUUUGAUGAGUUUUGCAAAAGAAGCAAUGGUCAUCUUCCUUCAAAGAAUGGACUGAACGAGUUCCAAUCCGUUUUCGGAAUUUCCAAGAGAACCUUCGAUUACAUAUGUUCACUUGUAAAGGAGGAUAUUAUGGUCAAGCCAGCGAACUUGGUGUUCAAAAAUGGCAGCCCUUUAUCUUUACAUGACCAAGUAGCUGUAGCUUUGAGAAGGCUGGGCUCUGGAGACUCGCUCAUAACUGUAGGAGAUUCAUUUGGCCUGAACCACUCAACUGUGUCCCAAGCUACUUGGCGUUUUAUUGAAGCCAUGGAAGAGAGGGCAAGUCAUCACCUACGCUGGCCCUCCACUACAAUUGAAAUGGCAAACAUGAAAUCCAAGUUCGAGAAGAUGUGUGGCUUGCCUAAUUGCUGCGGUGCCAUUGCUUUUACUCGCAUCUUGAUGAACUUGUCCACAUCGGACCCCAAUAGUACCUUGUGGCUCGACCACGAGAAGCGUUACAGUAUGGUCUUGCAAGCAAUAGUGGACCCGGAUAUGAGAUUUCAAGACAUAGUCACUGGAUGGCCAGGGGGUAAAAUGAACAGAUGGUCGGUCUUUCAGAAUUCAGGCUUCUAUCAACUGUGCAACCAGGGAGAGAGAUUGAAUGGGAACACAUUAGAGCUUUUGGAUGGAUCAAUGGUGAGGGAAUAUGUGGUUGGGGAUUCAGGCUAUCAGUUACUUCCUUAUCUCAUCACACCAUAUGAAGGGAAAGAAUUUUCCGAACCAAGAUCCGAGUUCAACAGGCGGCUCAUGGCAGCUGCAGGGGUGGCAGAGAGGGCACUCACAAGGUUGAAGGACUCGUGGAGGAUCAUCCGUGGAGUCAUGUGGAGACCCGAUAGACACAGGUUGCCGAGGAUUAUUCUGGUUUGUUGCCUUCUUCACAAUAUCGUCAUUGACAUGGAAGAUGAAGUCCAGGACAAGACGACAGUAUCUCCCCAUCGUGAGUCGCGAUGGCCCCAGCAAGCAUGUGGAGUAGGCGACAUGAAAGGUGCGUCUCUGAGAGAUAGACUGUGUCUUCACCUUUCUGGAAGCCCUCCACCAUAAAUCUCUUCGCUCAAUCCAUGAGGCCGAGUCCCCCUAGUUCCAAAUUGCUGGUUACAGGUUUUGAUAUUAUAAGUUCAAGGAUAGAGGCAGGAUGACUUGUAAACUGAGAUUAUAGAGCUAAAAUCAGAUUUGUGCUUGAUUGUC